AUGUGUUCAAAUAAUGAUUUAAGAUUUAAAUCAUCUCCAUUUUAUAAUGUUGUUGAAAGAUUAUCACUGACCAAAAUAUGUUCUGUCAAUGAAAUUGUUAAUUUGGAUUUUGUUCUUGAUUCUAAUCAAAUUGGAAAAUUAAAAUCAAGUUCCAAUUAUAAGAUAAAUUUAUUUUGUUGCUAUGCUGAACAAAAUUUACAAAAAGAAUCAUCAAUUGAAUUCCCUGAUUCUUGUAAAGUUAGAGUCAACAAUAAAAUGUUGCCUUACAAAAAGAGCAAACAAUCUCCUCGAGAUAUCACAGAUUUAUGCAAAAUAACUUCACAUGUAAAUCAAAUACAAUUUAGAUUUAUAACUACUUCAAAGGUGAUUGAAGAAAUUGUUGAUGAAAUUAAAAAUGGAAAAUUUAUUGAAAAGGAUGCUGUUUUAGAGAAAAUUAAAAAACAAAUUCAAGAUCCUGAUGUAGUUGCAACCUCAAGUAUUAUAUCAUUAAAAGAUCCGUUAGGACAAUGUAGAAUAAGCACGCCUUGUAGCUAUUUUAAUGAAAUUCUAGCCAAAACUACUAAAGACCAAGGAACAACAAUUGUAAUUGAUUCAAAUGGUAAUUGGGCAGAAUCUAAAAAAACUUGCAAACUUCACGAGAUUGAUGAACCUGAUGAUGUCACGUUUAAUAAACAUUCCCGGAAUAAAAAAAGAAAAAAUUAUUUUGUCAUAGACUCAAGUGAUGGCGAAGGCGAGAAAAAUAAAUCAAUUUUUAUCGAUCUAACACAAAAUAGUGAUGAUGAAAAAGAAAAGGAAAAAACAAAUGUUAGAAAUAUUCAAAAAAGCAGCUGCUAA